GUAGAGAGCCGCGCGGGCUCUGCGCGCUGCUGCUUCAAUGCUACUAUUGUUUGAUGCGACCGUGGACAACGUGGAUACUGUCUUUUCGUGGGCAUCAGCCAGACGCCAGGGACUGAUUGCUAGCCUCGACCAGAGAUUAGACGACGCGACAUAGAAUACGAUAUAUCCGUACGAUACAGACUACGCAGACAAACAGCUGGGCAGGACAGCAGGUUCACGACACGGAGGCAUCUACGACACCACCGCCACGCACAGCGACGUUACGUCACGCCCGACAUGGGCGACGCUACGGGCCUAACGGUCCUGCUCAAUGGCGGCAUCUACCAGUCAUCUCCGGACGGGACGGACAAGGCGCCGUCCUUUGCCGCGGCCAUGGUCAUCAAGGACGGCCUCAUCCAGCACGUCGGGGACGCAGAGGACGCGCCCAUCGCCGCGGCUAGGGCGGCCGGCGCCCAGAUCAAGGACCUGCAGGGCGACACCGUCCUGCCGGGCUUCAUCGAUGGGCACCUGCACCUGCUGCUGGUCGGCCAGGCGCUCACAAAGGUCAGCCUCGACGCGUGCAAGACGCUCGACGACAUCCGGGCCACCAUCAAGGCGUACGCGCAGGCGCACCCGGGCGUGCCGCGCAUCUUCUGCCGCGGCUGGAUGCACUCGAUGACGCCCGAUGGCGUCGACGCCAGCCUGCUCGACGACCUCGACCCGCGGCCCAUUUUCAUCGAUACAAAGGACCUGCACUCGUCGUGGUGCAACACGGCCGGCCUCGACGAGGUGCGUCGCGAGAUGGGCCUCUCCGCCGACACGCCUGACCCGGCGGGCGGCACGAUCCAGCGCGGGCCUGAUGGGGAGCCCAACGGGGUGUUUGGCGAGAGCGCCGUCUUCCAGAUCAUGUGGCCGUUCGUCGCGCGCGUCGCGUCCAUGGACGAGAAGAAGGAGGCCAUCCGCGCCGCGUUUGCCGCCUUCAACGCCGUCGGCUACACGGGCAUGAUCGACAUGGCCAUGGACGACACCAUCUGGGGGCCGCUGCUCGAGCUGCGGCGCGAGCGCGGCACCCUAGACGGCAUGCGCGUGGCCGCGUACUGGCUCAUGAAGCCAGGCGGCUCGCUCGACGACGUGCUCGCGCAGGUCGACCGCGCGGCGGCCCUCGCGCGCGACUUCAACGCCGACACGACACCCGACUGCCGCAUCGUUGGCGUCAAGGUCAUCUGCGACGGUAUCGUCGACGCGUGCACCGCGUCGCUCACGGAGCCCUACUCGACGGGCGAGAACCCCGACUCCAUCUGGAGCGAGACGCUGCUGCACCCGCUCGUGGCACGCGCGCACGCCGCGGGGCUGCAGGUCGCGCUGCACGCCAUCGGCGACCGCACCAUCGGCAUGGCCAUCGAUGUGCUAGAGCGCAACACGGACCGCGCGCGCCGGCCGCGCAUCGAGCACCUGGAGCUGGCGUCGGCGCGCGACGCCGCCCGGCUCGGCGCCCUGGGCAUCACGGCGUCGAUCCAGCCGGUGCACUCGGACCCGGCCAUCCUGCGCGCCUGGCCGCGCCUCCUCGGCGAGCACCGCUGCGGCCGCGCCUUUGCGUACCGCGACUUCGCCGACGGCGGCGCCGCGCUGGCCCUCGGCUCCGACGCCCCCACGGCGCCGCACCAGCCGCUGCCGAACCUGUACGUGGCGACGACGCGCCGCUCGUUCCGCGAGCCGGGCCUCGACGCCGCCGUGAACCCGCAGUUCGCCCUCACCGUCUGCCAGGCCGUCGCCGGCGCGACCCACGGCUCCGCGUACUCGUGCUUCGCCGACGCCUGGACGGGUAGCUUGCGGCCGGGGCUCAAGGCCGAUUUUGUUGUGGCGCGUGUCGAGCUGACGCCGGAGGAGCUGGUGCACGGCGUGGUCAAGGAGACGUGGUUUGAGGGCAGGAGGGUGUACCAAGCAAGCGAUUGACUGAGCAGCGGCGGUAGCGAGGCGUUGAGAGCGGUGAGCGUGAAUUGAACCGGUUGAGAAGUAUAUUGUACAAAGCAAUGCCGAUGCCUAUUGGGAGUACAGUAAAUGCACAAGAGUGGCUGCCGUUGAAUGCAUCAUUUGUAGCAAGGUGUGG